AUGCUUGUUCCACCCGAUAACUUUGGAUUAGUUGAGCCCGGGUUGUAUCGCUGUUCUAAGUUGGACUCCGACAACUUUCCGUUCUUAGAGACGUUAAACUUGAAGUCCAUUUUACUAUUAGAUGCAGAAAAUCCUCCAAGGCCGUUGAAAACGUUUAUCAGUAACAACAAUAUCGACUUGGUCAGUUUAGGAGGCUUGAAGGUUUCCAACCAUAAUCAUACGGGAAAUAACAACAGGAAUGUCACAAACAGAGAAUCCAACUAUAAUGAGAAUUCACUCCCAGAUGGAGGCUCUGGUACCCACUCCAAUUCUAGUUCGGCUUCAAAUUCAAGAAAUGGUUCAAGAUCAGGUUCAGAGACAACCUCUCCAGUUAUACUAUCUCAGGGGACCUUUCCUAAGGAAACGAAUCUACAGAUGAUCAACUUAAAUGUAGCUUCCAAAAAGAACGAUCAGUGGAUGUUAAUAGAGAAGAACUUGAUCAAAAAGGCAUUUGAAAUCUUAUUAAACACCACUAAGUACAAUUUAUUGAUCGUUGACAGCACAUCUACGUUGGUGAGUAUCUUGAGAAAAAUCCAGAAAUGGAACUUCAACUCUAUUGUCAACGAAUUCAGAAUCUACAAUGGACAGAGUGCAAAGAGCAACUAUUAUGCCGAAAACUUUCUCGAACUAAUAGAUAUUGAAUUGGUGCCUUUUGAAAUUGACCAAUUGAAUCAGUUUCUAAAGAUGCAACAAGAACAGUUACAAAAGACUGAUGACCUUAUUUCUAAAAGUCCUGAGUUGGCUCGUUCAGGCUCGUUCAAUCAUUCGGGUCUGUUCUCAUUUAGAGAUGAUGAAAAUUUAUGGGAUGGUGACACUAAAGAAUUGAUAGACGAUGAUGAUAUUGAUGAUGAUCUACUAUCUGCAUCUCCUCAAAUCCCAGUCAAUUUGUUAAAAAUUGUUGAGAAGAAACGUAAUAAUCUGAUUGAGCUCAGUGAUGAUGAUAAGCUGGUAACCCCAGGAACUUCUCCCAGGCAUAUUGCUUCUAAUGCCAACUGCAGCCCCAUGAGCACGGACGCAUUGACAACAGCAGCAAAGCACUACUGGGAUAAAAGAAAACCAUCUUUGGAUGCCAAAAUCACCCGUCCCAUCCACAACUCCAUGUUCAGAAACUCUUACUCAAACAGUGGUUUCCCACUGCCGAUGUCAGCCCGGUCUUCCUUUGAGAAUAUUAACUCUCCGCAUCUCAGGAGAGCUUCAAGAGGUGAAAGAAAGUCUAUCAAAAUGGAAGAUAUAAAUGACCUUGAGGAGAAGAGAUUAAGGGGAAAAUAUGAAUUCAAAUAUUAUAAGAACAUGAACAAGUACAACGUUAACUUCGACAAUGUUGGUUACAUAAAGUUGAGGUUACCCCCUAGCAAUAAACUUCCAGACUGGUUCAUUAGAGGGAGAGACUUCUGGGAGGAGUCCUAUAUAAAGUUUCGUUCUUAA